UACCUCUUGUAAAAUGUCAAGUUGUAUUAUCAAUAAGGAUAUUUAUUUUUUAUUUUCUUAUCCUUCUAUAAAAUAGGCGAAAACUUAACUUUUAUCUUCAGUAAGAAGUUUCUUUCAGAACCUGCUUAGUAAGUUUGAAAGGAAGAUGUUUCUAAGUGAAUCAAUUCUGGUAGAUGCUUUAGUAGCAACAGCAACCUUGCUUGGAUUGUUAUAUUUUUACUUGACAUCAACAUUUAACUAUUGGAAGAAAAAUAAGGUGUUCCUUAUGUCAAGCCGACAGUAGUCUUUGGAAACUUUAAAGAACAGUUUUUACUUCAAAAACACUUGUUUUAUGUUACGCAAGAUAUAUAUAACAAUUUUAAGGGAGAAAGAUUUGGUGGGUACUUUGAAUCAAGGACGCCUGUAUUAAUGAUCCGUGGAUCCGGCUUUAGUAGAAAGAAUUCUUAAUAAGGAUUUUUUCACACUUCCAAAAACAGAGAUUUGGUAGUUGACAUCAAACGAGAUCCACUCUCUGAAACUCUUGUUGGUUUGAAAGGGCGCACUUGGAGAAACCUAAGACACAAAUUAACACCAAUUUUUACGACUGGGAAACUGAAGGGCAUGAUUGAGCAGAUAUGUAACAGUGGAGAAGACCUCAUGAAUGAAAUAGAGAAAUCCAUAGAACAUAAAAUACCUGUUGAUGCCAAAAACCUGGGUAUUGGCUUCACCAUUGAUGUUAUUGCCAGUUGUGCAUUUGGCUUACAGUUCAAGCGAGAUACACCUGAGGGUAAAGAGUUUCGUAAAAUGAUUGACUCCUUCUUUCACCCAUCAAUGUUACAAACAUUGAGAAUAAUAUUGGUAUUCUUCUGCGAAGGUCUUGCAAAACUCUUGGGCUUGAGACAAGUCCCACAACAAAUAAAUGAUUACAUCAUUGGGCUGGUAAAACAAACCAUUGCAGUUUAGGGAAAAGAAUAACAUCCAAAGAGCAGACUUUAUUGCAGCUGAUGAUGAGUAUGAAAGACCAAAGAACUGAAGGAAAUGAUAAUAAUUGGAAAAAUGAACUUACUGGAGAUGAUGAAUAUCUCAACCAGAUGGAUUAUUCUUCACAAAACGAAAAGUUACAAACUGGACUUAGAGGAAUUACCGAUGAGUGUAUUGCUGCACAAGCAUUUAUUUUCUUAGCAGCAGGCUCUGAUCCGGUAGCUAACACUAUUGCUUUUGUAUUGUAUGAGUUAGCCUUCAGUCCUCUGGUGCAAAAACAGUUGUAACAGGAAAUUGAUUUGGUGCUCCAGAAGUAUGGAGGAAACAUUUCUUAUGAAGCUUUGAGUUAAAUGGCGUACCUGGAUUCAGUCAUUCAAGAGACAAAUCGUAAAUACUCUCUGUCAGGCUUUAUGAGGAGAGAAUGUACUAUUCCUUACCAAAUCCCAGACACAGAUGUUGUUAUAGAGAAAGGUACAAAAAUACUGAUACCGAUGUACGCUAUCCACAAUGACCCAUCCAUUUAUCCUGAGCCUGAAAAGUUCAUACCAGAGAGAUUUGAAGGAAACAAUCAUCGCUCAAAUGGUGGCAAAUAUUUACCUUUUGGAGAUGGACCUCGGAUCUGUAUUGCAAUGAGAUUUGCACUGCUGGAGGUGAAGACAUGUGUUGCCAUGGUGAUGUCCAAGUAUUCUGUGAAGCUGGACCAGAAAACUCAAGUCCCUCUGUGUUACAAUCCAAAAAGUGUAUCGCCUACUCCAAUUGGAGGAAUUUGGAUUAGAUAUCAGAAGAGAACUUAGAUAUACACAAAAUAGAAAUUUUAAAAACAA